UCGCGGCAACGUCCACGGCACCAUAAGGGCGGUUCAUCUGCGGCAAACCCAGUCGGCACGCAAGGCGCAACGCGAAAGCAGAAUUGUUCACCCGCUUCACAUAAUCUAGAACAAGAUCCUCUGCUUCCCGACCCUUGAGGAUCUUGAUAUCUGAUUUCUUCGGUUCUGAUUUCGGGGCCAUGUGUGCAUGCGGGAGAAACUGGCCGUCGAAGAAAUAACGCAAAGGAAGAGAUGCGCCCAAAGAAGCAAUGUGGGGGAAAGUACACGUGACCGUGCGUGUGGCCGAUCCCCUGAUCUCAACCGAAGGCGCCCGGUAGCGCAAUUGCGAUUCGAAUUGGGCAUUGUCUGCAAGUCUCCCACCAGCCCGAAGACGUUGACAUGCCUUCACAACUGGCCGUUUCACUCUAACGCAUGGACAUGCGCCGCCGUCGGGAGUGUCGCUCUUGAUGUGCAGCAUGAGAAAUGGAGCACAUCAUCAAGAAUGCAACGGGGCAAGUUGGCUGCAACAGGCAACGGGCGGCAUCGGUUGGUUGUAUGAUUUAUCUGUGACCGAACAAGACGCUUUCGGACCGAGAGCCAUAUAUCCUGAGAUUUCCUCGAGGUGUUGUUCGAAGAAGUUCAUGUGCAUCCGCUGACCAGAAGGAAUCAAUCGAAAGAUGCUGAACAUGGAGUAGAAUAAUCCCGAUGCUGCAUCUCACCAACUCCGAGACUACGCGCCGACUAGGCCGAAAGGAAGGGAAUACAUGUGUCAAGAACAGCGCUCCAACAGUUUCGAUUGUUGUCGAUUGCCAUCUCUGCCGCGUCUUUCGCCAUCACUGUCGCAUUCUGCCGAGUCCACCCACCAAUCAGGGCGCGCGUAGGGGCUGUCGUUUCCGGGCGAUGAGAGUUUAGUGAGCAUGGCCAUGCACUCCGAUCACCUAGCGCGGAUCCGGGCAGAGGACAAAAUCGGACUGGCUAUUUCGAAUCUCUGAUAGAUGCAGGGAAGCAGGCAUAGUAUGGUCACAGGGGUGGGAGACGAGCUGAGCCGUACGAGCAAUGAUUCCUGCAGGUCCGGUGUUGCGUGGGUUGCCGCAGAGCUAUGUAAUGUUAGGAAAGGCUUUGAUUAAACGGCGACCGCUUUAAGAGACAAGCCCUGAUCCCCGACCAACACUCGAAUGCGAUGCCGACUUCGAGUUACCCAGAACCCAAGAAAGAGAAGAAAACGCGUCGGCGACUGCGUCUGAGCUGUGUUGAAUGUACCAAACGCAGACAACGAUGUGACAGGGUAUAUCCUUGUGGCCUGUGCGUUUCCCGUGGAGUGGCCCAUCUCUGUCGCUGGGAAAAUGUGCCCGUCGCGCGUCCGACUCCAGCUCGGCCGCCUGUCGUGCCUGAAACUGGCGCGCUGGACACGAUACAACAGCUGUCGGCUCGCAUCGCAAGCCUCGAGCAGACAGUUGUCACGGAGCGAUUGCGUCGCGAUCCGUCCGACGUUGAAAACACGAUCUCCACUCCCAGCCCUCAUUCGCGUUCUCUCUCUUUACCGACAGACUGCUCGCCGCGCAACUCUGUCGUGGGCCUUUCCAGUGGGAACUCCUCGUACUCUUCACCAGAACCUGACGAAGUGUCCGAUCCAUUUCCAAAGCUGUCUGAUGCCGCUUAUCGAACAGUAUCUUCCCUUGUCCAACAAUCUUCCGCCCAUCACGGCGAGUUUCUAGGGCUCGGAAGCUCUCUUUCUGCGUUGUACUCGAUUAGUUCGAGAAAGCACCCGCGCCAUCUACACGUGACCUCCUCCCAAUCCAGCCAGUUAUUCCAGUUAUUGCCUCCUGGAGAGGCCAACCAGACAUCACUCAUCCGCCUGAUCCAAGCUAUUCCGCCGACGCAACAGGUGACGGCGCUAUGCCGCAUGUUCUUCAGGGAUGUGAACUGGCGAUUUGGUGUUCCGGAGGAAUGGUUUUUGCGAACUUGCUGCGAGAUGGAUCUCGUCUUGCGUUACCACGCAUCGCAGGUCAAGAUCGACGCGAACUGGCUCUCUCUCCUGUUUGCGGUUCUUGCGAGUGCGCCUAGGCCCGGCCUUGAAGCGGGCAAAACCGACGGUCCGGAGCAGCACUUUACACAUGCCGUGGCGGCAGCCAGAGCAGCAGAGAGCGCAUAUCAGCUUCGGCCAACGAUGAGCCGGACGUCGGCAGCGCAGGGGGCCGUUCUGAGCUGUUUCGCUGCCCCGUUGCUUUGCGACCAUCUCAUCGCCAGGGGACGGGUGUCCGAAGGGUGGAAGCUCAUCGGAAACGCGAUUUUGUCUGCUCAGUCGGUGGGCCUGCAUCGGGACCCAGGACGGCAGAACUCGCUGGAAGAAGUCAUGAAUGAUGACGAGAAACUGCUACGCCGCAGAGCUUGGUGGGGUCUCUUCUCGUGGGAAAGGAUGUGCACUACCGUCCUCGCCCGGCCCGCAAUUCUCCGGAACGACGCAAGCGACGUCAUGCUCCCUCCAGCCAUCAAUGCAGACGGCACUCGUAAUCUGUUCAAUGUUUAUCAGAGACUGCUGGUUCAGCUGAUGCAUCUGGCGGGUGAGAUGGCUGAAAAGUGUUUCGGCGUCCGCUCUCCGACUGGUGUGGACGUGCGCAAUCUCGAUCGCAAAUUCGAACAGUGGGAAAGCCAGCUUCCUGCUGAAUUCCGAUCAGACAGCCCGAAUUAUCUGGACAAUCUCCCUGUCUCCGAAUUCGGCUCACUCUUGGCACAAAAGCACACACUGUGGACAUGGUAUCUCCUGUGCCGGUCGAAGCUGCAUCUUUCCGUACUCACACGCGGGGAAGACACUUUCUCUGACAUCUGGGGACAGUCCAUCAGCCGGAAACAGAGUCGCGAGCUAUGUCGGAACCUCUCUUCCGAUUUGAUCCGGCUCCAAUGCAAUGCGAGUCAGCCCGAGCAGUCGACCGCGCUGCUUGGAAGCAAUUGGUACUUCCCCGGGUAUUUCUCUCUCACGGAGGCUGCGGUCACCCUGUACUGUGUCGGCCGUCCCGGUGACUCCGACACCCUCAUCCGCGAGGCAAUGCUCGUUCUCCAGCAGGCCGGAAACUCGGCGAUGGAUCUUGGAAAUGCAGCUCGGAACGGCAGCGAAGCUUUGGGCGUUCUGAUCCAAGAAGUGGCGAACCAAAGCCCGCAUGAUCCCGUGCUCCCAACUGAAUUUGCUGUAUAUCCGGCCACUCAAUUUCUGCCGAACGUAGGACCCUCUUUUGAGUGGUACUCCUCCGAUAACCUGGUGCACUAUGGAGAGGGGCACAAUCUCGAUGGGAUCCUAUACGAUGAUAACAAAUCGAAUCUGAUUUACACAUAAUCCUAAUCCUCGAAGGCGGCUAUCUUUAUCAUUGGUGUACAAAACAUAUAUGUUGUAUCUGUACAAUCGCAUGUACGUUUAAUCACUGCGGGAAUCCCAACCGCACGACGGGCAGCGGAAGGAUUGUCGAGAAAGACAUGUGAUAUGAUCGACAGAAUCAUCAGCUUUGGGAAGAGGGGAGAAUUCCUCCACGGAUACAGAUCCAGAACGAGGGGGCCAAGGCUCAGAAGGAAAAGCAUCCUCGAAGCCAUACACAAAGCAGAGCACCUAGACAAUCAACCAUUGCUCAAGAAUGGGAGGAUUUCCAGAAUGAUCGUGAGGAGUGCGGGAAGACGGGAAAGAACAAAAGAAUCGGCUUUCCUAAUUGGGGUCAGUCCACACACUUGCCGAGCGCCCUAUUCAGUCGGUGUUUGCUCUCCACCACCACCACCUCAGGGUGAGUCUGCAAAGUCGGGCUCUGAGCGGACUUUCCUCGGUCAUCUCUGUUCCCGGCAUCCGAUGCUGGUCUGCCUGUCGACGCGAACAACAACCUAGCGCCGCCGGUGAUCAUCAUUUGACGUCUUCCCUCUCUCCCAUCUCUCCAACUACCAAUGCCCGUCCCUCUAUGGACACCCAAGCAGCCUCCAGCUGAGGCCCGCUACAACGUUACAACCGAAUUCCCCAGCCUAGGGUUGCAUUCAGCUGCUGCCAGUGGGAAUGUGGGCUUAGUAGAGUAUGCACUGACUCGUGGCCAGCCUAUCAACUCUGUUCUUGAUGGUGUACUACCACUUCACGCCGCAGCCGCCGGAGGCAGCGAGCAAAUCGUCAAACUCCUCAUCGAGCGUGGGGCCGACGUGAAUGCACCGAGACUGCCUCGCCGAUAUUCCAACGACAAAAAUCGAGACGCCGCGGGACCAAUUGUUGGAACGAGUGGCAGCACCCCGCUCCACUUCGCCGCUGCGAAUGGGAACUCGGACAUCGUCACGACCCUUUUACUUCGGGGAGCUCGGGCAGAUCGAGCUGACAAGCAUGGGGUGACCGCCGAAAUGCUCGCGCGCCAGCAUGGCUGGAAUGAAUGCGCGGACAUUCUUCAACAGUGGGUGCUCAACAAAGAUCGGGACUUGAGGGAGAGAGAGCCGCCCGUCGAAUUCAGCGAGCCCACGAUUCUACCGCUGUGCCGUCUCACGAGCCGUGACCGCGACGGCUCCCCAGGCGACACUGAAACAUCCACACGCAAACGCAUCCACAUGAAGCGAUCUAUGGACACUGCACUGAGCAUGCUCAAGAGCUCGUCCGAGGUCCUAAGGCCCCCCAGCAACAAUCUUCCCAUGGCAAGGGCGACGCCGCCAUCUCCGAUAAGGCCAUUUGGGGAGUACACAUUCUAUCCUACAAGCGGACCUGUCAGUCCGAUUGACCCUUCAUCCCGUCGACCAUCCUUGCCGCAAAUAUCGUACCCGGCUCCUCCAUCAGUGAACCGCAAAGCUUCGCUGGCUUCCCGAACUCCGCGCAGACCACGAUCAGCGGGAAAUGGUGCUGAGCCAGAGACUCCUCCGUUUGGACGGGGUGGUGCCGGUCGCAAGCUGGGCAGCAAGUAUUCGUUGCUGAAUAUGUUCAAGAAGGGUCAGGCUGAAGGGUCAAGCCCCAGUUCUGGUGUCCCUUUAGAGAGAACGAGCACCCAGACCAGCAUCUCCAACCCUUCGGGUUUACCCUCCCCGACCAAUAACGCGACACAAAUGGCCGAUUCCGUCCUCUUCGCAGCCAGCCCAACUCGAGCCAUGUCAGGCUCGCCCUCGCGGCCACCGAUGCCGUUGGCUGUUGAUCUGCACAAUGCGCUAGCACAGCAUCAGCGUCGUGAUCGAUCUGGGUCUGCUGCGAGUGCGCCAUUUGAGUCGGAGGGCAUCUCAGGGUCUCCCAGCAGUCUUUCACGUCUAGCUGUCUUGCGGCCACGUGAGCGAUCGGGUUCCCGAGGUAGCAGUGCUGGAAACCGCAGUGGAUCUGUUUUCGACGACGACGUUGUCAUCACGCCAGAUGGCAAACCCCGAGCUGGUAUUUUGAGAGCGCACAACCGGAGUAAUUCGGGGCCGGUGCCUCCUGGUCUACGGGCGCUCCGGUUUGAUCCGGAAAUGACCACCAGUCGAAAACACAGCCCAGGACCACCCAGCAGUCUAGGACUUCGAGGAAGCACGAGCGCUGGCUCGCUGUCCCGGUUGCGGAAUGAAACCAGCAACUAUGGAACCCCCGAUUCGGCGCCCGCUGCUGUAUCCGACUUUGAUCUGGAGGCUUUGAAGACUUUCAUGGGCGACGAUGAAGAAGAGGACCUCGAGUACGGGCAGCAGAUGUCGCCUCCCGUUUCUCCUGGUGAAAUCCAGCCUUGUGCGGAGCGCAGCUUUCCAUUCUCCAUCCACGAAGCGCCACGUUCUCGAGGCGCAUCGGUCAGCAGCGCGGCCACAACGGACAGCCAGGUCGAUCUGCAAGUUAUGAGCGCCAGCAGCACAACGAGUGGAAGUGGGAAUGGGAGUGUGGCAGUGACAACUCCGCCUCCGUCCGCCGCUCAGACGCUGAUGCCCCCUGCUGCGGAGGGAGGGCGGAUAACUGAACGCCGGACACCUACACCGUUGGAUAUCAACCUCAGCUUGAUCUCGUCGCAUGCCCAGGCUGAGGCUCUAGUCCAGAAGGAACUCAAAGAUAUACUGUCCAUGGGCAAGAACGGUGCUGGUGUAAUGCCUCUGAGCGCCAAACUCGCUGCGUACGGCGAAAGCUUACAGAUCGAGCGCAAAUUCAGGACCGAUCCGUCGCCGUCUGAUGAUGAGACGAUCUUACGUCUCCCGCGGACGACCUCGUCAUCCUCCUCUCAGAGCAGCCAGUCGCAGCGGGAAAGCAUCCAGCGCCAGCACAGCUUCGACGGCCGAACGAGGCAGUCGAACGCAACAGCGGAUGAUGAAGCGACCCCGACUGUGAAAGUGGUGCACCAUCUGUCGCGGUCGACUUCGGCGAUAUUGUCGCCCAUCCCGAUCGUUGUGCAGACGUCAGUGACCGCCGCGCAGGUUGUCGACGCUAACAACCGAGUGCGGAGAGCCCGGACGCCAGAUCCUGAUGCUGCGACGGGUCUCAGUCGCGUGAGCUCUCUAGAUGGGUACGAGUCGGCUGAUGUCGAAUUGGGGCCUGCUCUGACUCGGGUGUCGACUGCGCCGAUGAUGCCGACCACGGCAACGAGAGACCGUGACCGCGCGAGGAAUCUGGCGAGUGCAAACAAGCUCACACGGAUGGGAUUCGCGCCGCAACAGAUCAGGCCGGACCGGCAGGAUCCGUCGCAGUCUAAGCGUUUCGGAUUCAAGUCUCUGAUGCAGACAUUCAAGGGCAAGACCUGA